AUGCCCUCAAGAUCCUCGCGCGAGACAAUCCGCGCCCAAAUAAGAAACAAAGGCGAUGCUCUCACCCCAGCCGACCGCGAAGCCCUCUUAAAACCCUACCUCCCCGAUCCCGCAGACCUCACAACCUCCCGAUCAGCCCGCUCAUCCCGCCUCCGAAGCAAAAGCAAACCACGCAAAACCCCCAUCCGCACCUUCAUCAAGUCCCAAAUCCACCGUCUCGCCUACGCCCUCACACACAUCAUCUUCGGCAUCGUCGUCCGUCUCAUUCAAGCCUACCACGCCGUCGUCGACCGCAUCCUCGCAAUCGUCUACCACCACCACCGCACCCCAGAACUGAUCCGCAAGGAUGUGCGCUCUCUCAAACGACUCCCGCAACACCUAAGCGUAAUCCUCACCCUGCGCAAAGAAGAUGACGCCCUCGCCGUCCUGAUGGACGAAGUCGCCGAACUCACAGCAUGGUGUACGUGCGCGGGAAUCGCACAGCUAAGCGUCUACGAGAAGAGUGGCGUCCUGAAAUCUUGCAUCCCAGCCCUGCACCAAAUAAUCUCCACAAAACUCGCCUCUUACCACGGAACCUCACAACAGCCCUCCCUCCAACUCUACGCCCCGCACCACGCCGUCCACGGCCCCAGCACUCCCUCCGCUGCCAACGACAUCACCUGCCUCCUCCUCUCCUCAACAGACGGCCGCGAAACAAUCGUCGACCUAACCAAAACGCUCGCAGAGAUGUCUCAGAACGGUAAACUCUCACCCGAAGACAUAACCCCCCGAACUCGUCGACGCGGAAAUAACCGAAAUAACCGCACACCCGGUGCGAGGAAACGGGUCCCGCGCGAGCGGCAGCCUUCUCAAGGCUGA